AGCUGAGCACGUGCGAUGCUGGGGACCUGCCCGGACGCGUCGUCCUCGCGUUUAGACGUGUCGACCUCGCGACUCCUUCUCCUGACACCCGCAUCCCCUGCCGUAGCUGCGACUACUUAACGUUCUGGUGAAGCAUUGGGUCAAUAGAGAUGCGAACGAAACACACGCCUCACUCGCUGCCCGCUUUCCCGGUCUACUCUUCCGCAUUCGUUUCCGAGAAUGAGCUCGUCCUCGGAGGUGGCGGAGGUCAAUCAAAGACGGGCAUCAAGAACAAGCUGCGUCUGUACCGCAUAGAUAGCGACAAGCACAUCGAGUUACUACACGAGCUCGAGCUAGAAAAGGGCGAAGAUGCACCAAUGAGCAUGGCCGCUCAUCCGUUGGAGAGAUUCAUUGCAUGCGGCGUAAACAGCUCGGCCGAGGCUUUGCAGGGUGGUGCGAAUCAGAACUGUCGUUUAUUCGCUGUCGAGGACAAGAGGCUGGCUCUCUCGAAGACUCAGAGCACAUUGACAGUGAAUGAGCUUGAGGACGACUUUCAGAAAGUGACCGUCUUCUCGCCUUCUGGUAACCUCCUUGCGGCAGCCGGUACAAAGGAUCUGUCUCUCCUGCAGUAUCCGUCCCUCUCGCCGGUGGCGUCUCCCAUUCACCUUGAUAAGGGAGAGAUCUAUGACGCGACAUUCUCAUCGACCACUCUCGUUGUGGCGACCACUAUCAGUCUCUUGGUGUACGCACUCCCGCCGUCAGAAGGAAAGAGCGAGAAGGCUGCUGGAAAGGAGAAGGCGAAUGCCCUCCCGGCGCUCGAACUACUCGAGACAGUAGAACGGCCUACAUUACCGGGUGAUAAUGCAGGAAGUAGUUUCCGGUCUGUGAGGUAUCACCCACAGGACGAGAAGGUGCUCUACACCCUAGUGAAUGCGGUCCCGCCUAGAACACGAACAAAGUCUUCUCCAAGACGUGCGUUCGUCUGUAGGUGGAACACAGAGAAGUGGGAGGUUACGAAGCUACGCAAAGUGGGAGACAAGGGUGUGACGUGCUUCGACGUGAGUCCCAAUGGCCAGCUGGUUGCGUUUGGUUCCUCGGACUACACUGUCGGUAUCUUGGAUGCGAAGACACUAGCACCACUAGUGACCAUCUUGAAAGCACACGAUUUCCCACCGACGACAUUGCGGUUCAACACUAUGUCCAAUCUCCUCGUCUCCGGGAGUGCCGACAACAGCAUCCGCGUCGUCACUGUGCCCGAGAACCUGGGAGCUACCUCUUGGACUUUCUGGGUCGUCAUCGUCACGUUGCUCAUAUUGCUCUUCGCAUUCAUCGCGCAACGGAUGCACGAAGGUUUAUGAACAUCUGUUCGCUCGCACUUUCUCGUUUGAAAUUUCAUCACAUCUUCAUAUCUGCAUUUCGGUUCAUGGAUCUUGCU